AUGUCCGUCGAUUACUCACAACCUGUCACCGACCUCCUCAGGGAGGGCACGCGGGAGGCCCAUGAACGUGCAGAGAAGAGUACGGGAGCGCAGUACUUGGUCACUGGCGGGCUCAGCAAGCAGGAGUAUAUCCGCUUUCUCAUGAUGUUAUGGCAUGUCUACGAUGCCUUCGAGAACGCGCUCGAGCAGCACGCCACCCAUCCCGUACUUGCUCCGACUCACAAUCCUGGACUCUUCGCGCGUUCUGAGAACCUCGCGGCGGACAUCAGUACCCUCCUCGAAGUCCCGGAGACAUCCUGGAAGGCGCACCCAGUCCAUCUUGCUCUCGAGAAGAAGACCCCUGCCGCGCUCAAGCGCUAUGUCGGCCGCCUCCGCGAGCUCGCCGCAAGCUCCGAUCCCUCGCGUCUCCUUUCGCAUGCCUACGUCCGCUACCUGGGCGACCUUUCGGGCGGACAGUUCAUCAAGCGGCGCAUCGGCAAAGCAUACGGACUCGAAGACGGUGCCGGGCUCUCUUUCUACGCCUUCCGCCCGCUCGAGGGCGGCCUUGUCACGGGGGGUGCGGGCCUCGGAGAGAUGAAGCGGAUCAAGGAGUGGUUCCGGGACGGGAUGAAUGCUGGGGUCGGCGAUGAUGCCAAACUCAAAGCGGCGGUCCUGGACGAGGCGGUACGCGCGUUCGAGUUCAACACUGCGUUAUUCGACGUGCUGCGGGUGCCCGAACAGCUGUUCGUGAGCUCGACGACCGUGCAGGUGCCGUCGCCGCUGUCGUCACCGACGAACGCACCGUUGUCGCCGGCGCAGCCGGUGUACGAGGACAUGGGGAACUCGCCGCUGCUGGAAGCAAUCAAGAAGAGCGGGGAGUCGAAGACGGUGUUCGAGGCGGAGGAGCCGCCGAAGCAAGAGUGGGUGGUCCAGGUGACGUCGGUGAUAGCUAUAAUCGCGGCGUUCGGGAUCGCGCACUUCGUGCUCGUUGUCGGUGGGUUCACUGGCUCGCGCGGCUACGAUAAGCUAUACACUCUCCAGCAGUGGCUCGACGGCGUUCUGGGCACGACCGUCUAG